AUGGUAUAUGGAGAACCACUCAAAAUACCAGGAGAGUUUUUAACCCCAGCCACUUCCAUAAGCAAUCCCGAAACCUAUGUGCAAGCCUUACGCCAACACAUACAGCGUUUGCGUCCCGUCGAAGGAUCCAACCAUGGAACAAAAGCGACCUUCGUGUUCAAAAGUUUGGCUACCGCAGAAAGUGUCUUUCUCCGCCGCGGUGGACCGAAGGCGUUACUCCAGCAGCCUUACGAAGGACCCUUCAAGGUAGUUGAGAGGCGCACCAAAACGUUCACGAUCGAUGUUCGUGGACGUCACGUUGUCGUUUCGGUGGAUAGGCUAAAACCCGCUUACAUUAUGACAGAUUAUGGUGACAGGAAGACGCCGGGACGUGUUUCGCAAAUAAAACGCCAUAGGUGGAUGCAAGCAGACAUACCUUUAUCUUUGCCAUCAACCAUGCCGUCUAGCAAAAUUCAACCAAAUGAACAAAUACUUCGGCUAAUGCAAAGUCUUGGAAUUGAUAGCAUAAAAACUCGAGAUUCCGUAAGAUGUGGAAGUUAUGACCAUCACGCUGCAAUAUACUAUCUCCUAUUAGAAAAAUUACGAAACCAAUUGAUAGGGAACGAAACUCAGCAACAAAACACGGCUGUCCGCGAAGUCCAAAGACGAAGACCUUCGAAUAUUGCCGAACAAGCUAUGCGAAAGAUAGGACGAGCCAGUACGUCUGAAGAUUGUCGAAGACUUCUUCAACAUUCUGUUACAGCCCCGUCUUCUAGCAAUAGUAGGCUGAGUAGCCCUAGGACAUGUAAUUCUCCGAGGAAUUGUGAUUCUCCCCCUCACGGAAUUGACGCAGCCAGACUACUUGCAGCAACUAAUAGUGACGAAGCUUUAAAAAUUUUACAACAGUCAACCACUAUGUCUUUUGUAAUGUCAAGCGAAGCAUCUAAACUGAUGGCAACUCUUCAGUCGUCCCCAGUUCCUCCUCAAACAGACUUAUCUUCAGCCAGAGAAUAUUUGAGCCACAUUAAUUCCUACUUACAUUCUCAAAACACUCAAUCAUCUAUAGAAUCUGACAAUAAUAAAGGAUCUUUACCUAAAUUUAGCACCAGUGGUUAUCGAAGCAGUGAAAUGCACAUUCAGUAUUCGAGUUCAACAGACGAGGGCGUGGAAACGGACUUGGAAGAUCAAAGUCAUCAUCGACUCAGUUAUGCCUCAUCGAGCUCCUCUAGUGGUGUAGUAGGGAACUUUAACACGUCCAAAAGCCUUAGUCAAAACUUAAGUUGUGAUAGUAAUUUUGAAAGCCUGGAUUACCAGCUCUCAGAUUCCAAUGAACUUACAAAUAGUUUGCCCAGUUGUACAUCAUCGGCGGACAGGACCGUUCCUGGUCCCUCUUUGACCAGUUUUAGUGGUCUCUCGUCACCAACACCCAGUUAUUUAAUAAAUUCCCGUUCUCUUCUCAGUAGGCAUAAUCCCUUAGUUCAUUUACCUAAUUUAAAAAGUUCCAGUAGAGGUCUUACUCGAUCUCCCGUAGAUUUUCGGGAAGGUCGACGAGCUAGUGACGGGCUUGUUGCCCAACAGGCUGCAGACACUCCUCAUAAAAAAGUUGUAGCCUUUAACUCACAAAAACUAAGUAAAAACCCAAAAGCCAAAGGUAUUCUUGAGCUUCACAUGGUAAAGAAGGAAGCCCAACGUCUUCGAAGUCAGUAUCAAGCGAGAGAAGCACCAGAAGAAGCGUCUCAUCGACAGAAGCAACACAACCAGUACUUGCAGCCUCGAUCAAGUAAGAGAAUUAGCUUGCCAGAUAGUUUUAGUUACGCGAGUUCGUCCCCAGAGCCUUUGCAGACGGCCAUGCAACAUAGGCUACUGCAGCAGAAACGCCAAAUUUUGCAGAAACAGAGCGGAAUCUCAUCCCAUCAACCCUCUAGUGCUAUUAGCUUGGAAAGUGGCCCAUUGUCGCGAAGGCAUAUGCUCAGACAAGCUAGUUACAAAAUCGCUCAGCAACAACCUGUACUUCCUCCGUUGCCUCACAACACCGAAGUCGAGAAUAAGGACCUGGUUGCUUUCCAGGCCAUUGUUGAAGGUACCGGUGAAGCGUGGAGCACACUUCCCGGAAGCCUCCAGGCUUCUUGCCAAAUUUCUGACGCCGCCUCAGCUCAUCCCUGGCAAAAUAUAGCACCCGCUUGGAACCAGGGGCCACAAUUUCCAAGUAACGUUUGGCCUCCGUUAUUACCCCUCAGCGAGAGCCCCAUCUUAGAACUUACUGAGCAAACGGAAACCAUGUGAAAGCAAUCCUGUGAAUAAUCAUCGUCGGCUUAGUUUAAUGACUUUUGAAGUUGUUGCAAUUCAAUCCUCGUCGCAGAAAAAAAAAUAUGAUAAUAUGCAUAAUUUAAUAUAAUAAUAACGCUACUACGGCUGUCAAUUUCAUUAAGUAACAUCGACAAUAUCUAUUUCAUACAAUAACAAUUAAAAAUCGUGUAAGUCCUGAGGGUAUUUUUUUUAUCAUUAUUUAUAAUCGCUCGCUAAAAAUUAACUGUUUCAAUUUGUGAUGAAAUCUGUCUUCAUCCUAUAUUAUCUAUUUUUAUACUUCAGUUUUCAUACCUUCAUUGUUAUUACCCAACGAAAAACGAACUCUGAUAUUGUUUAUGCUUUUAAAUAAACAACAACAACGGUAGAAUAGAAUUGCAUAAGUAUUGCUUAGCUAUUAGUCAGUUACUUGCAAUUGAUUUAUUGAUAAAUUAAUUGAACCCCAGAUGCCUCACUAAUAUAAGAAGACACUCGAUAAUGUGAAACGAAAAAAGAAAAAGGUUGUUCAUAUUUAUAACAGGGGACAUUUGAUGUCCAUAAAAAAACCCAUAUAUGAAGAAUGCAGAUAACAAAACCACUAAGAACGAAUCAUGCAGGUAAAAGUUAAUACACGAAUAAUAAUAAAUAAAUCUACAAAAUAUCCACUUUUAAAGCCAAUAGGCAUUCGUUUCUAUAAUUGCGCAUAGGUCUAGCACAAUUAAUCUACUGUUCACAUUAUGCGAAGUUUCCAUUAUGUGCUGUUCGCACUGUUGAGUGUCUUCUGUAUCGAUUCAAUGGGCAAUUAAUCGAUUACAUAUUAAAUAUUAAUAUUGAUGAAUUACCAGAUUUCAUCACAGAAAUAUCUCUUAUUUACUCACCAAGUUAACAACGUAGAAAUAUAGGAUUUAAAAAUAGAUAACUGAUGUAGGAAAAUUUAUUGAUGUCUAUAUAGGUACAUAAAUCAAAAAGGAAAAGUAACUGUUGUUUUCUAAAAAGUUAUUAAACUAUACCUAUAUUGCAGAAGUAAUUUAUGUAAUCGUGUUUCUGUGGUAAUUAGAUUACCUAUCUUUUUUUUUAACUUGCACAGUCAUAAAUUUUUAAAAUAAUUUAAAUUUGUAUUUUAUUAUGGGCAUUUUCUUUAAGAAAAUACAUGCAACAGAUAUGCUAUGUAGUCGGAUAUCAAGGUGAUUUAAGCAGCCAUUAAUUUUGUUAAUUUUAGUAAUUCUGUGGUUGUUAUACAUACCAUAUGCGAAAAUGCGUAUGCUCGCAUUGAAUUAUAACAUGCCGCUCUUUUCAAUAGCUGUAAAGACUACGCGCGCACCUUGCAUACUACCUGUUAGGAGUUGUGCGAAGCCACACUUACACAUGCGAAUACGUAUAUCCAAGAAGCGCUGUAUAAUUUAAAAUUCCGUAGUCUAUAUUAUAAGAAAGUGCACUCUUUUACAACCGGUAUAACGGCACAAAUAUUUUUAACGUUUUGUUUUUGUGUUUCUCUGCAAUUUAAGAGCAUUACAAUUUUUCUACAACAUCGGUAGGUAUGAUAUACUAUAAGAACAAAAGUAUCAAACUUCUUUGCACUUCCUGUUGUUGUUUACGAUGAGCUCAAAACGUCUCAAAUAAAGUAAUAAAAGAUGCAACAUUAACCGGAAAAGUAUAAACAGAAAAAUGACAUCUACUUUCUUAUUUUUUAGAAAUCCUUGAAAAUCCUUUUGUAUUUUUAUUUUUGCUAAAUAUGGAGCUAUUUUAACCGUUAUUAUUUUUCUUUUAAUUUUAAUUACCGUGCGAGUCUC